GCUUGCACGCGGCACGAGGUUGCUCCUCCUCCUCCUCCUCCUCCUCGCCGUCGACGCAUCUCCGCCGCCGGCGAGCGCACCGAUGGCGGCGGCCGCGAGGGGCGCUGCCGCCGCGGCCCGCACCCCUCUCCUCCUCCACCACCACCCGCAGCAGCGCCGGCGCCUCCUCACGUCCCUGGUACCAGGCGGCGGGGGAGGCUCGCCGCGUAGGGCCGGGGUCAGCCGGGGAAGGGGGCGGCGGGUCGGGGUUAGGAUUUUCGCGCGAUACACACAGGCCCAGGACUUCUCCACUCGCCUCCAAGAUAGAGCUGGUGAAUUGCCUAAGUUAGUCGAGGAUCUUCUACAGACGUCAAUUACCACAGGCCCACGAGGUGCUUUUAGGUUUGCCCAAGGAAUCCAAGCUGUCCUUGGGGUUGGUGGGGAGUGGCUAAAUGACUUCUCAAAGACAGCUAACACAUCAGCAGGCAUACCAGCUCAGAUGCGGCUGGGUUUGCUUUCUCCUCUUUACCUUAGAAGACUUUUUGAGCGCAUGGGUGCAACUUAUAUCAAGCUAGGUCAGUUCAUAGCUUCUGCACCAACUUUGUUUCCUGCAGAAUAUGUUGAGGAAUUCCAGAACUGCUUUGACCGUGCACCACCUGUUCCAUAUAAUGAGAUUGAGUCAAUAUUGCGUGAGGAGUUGCAACAACCAUUGGAUAGUGUAUAUGAAUACAUUGAUCCAGUACCAAUAGCUUCUGCGUCAAUAGCACAGGUUCAUGGGGCUAGGUUGAAGAGCUCACAGAAGGAUGUGGUUAUCAAGGUCCUCAAGCCUGGUAUUGAAGAUACCUUGGUUGCUGACCUGAAUUUUAUCUAUGUUGUUGCACGUGUUUUGGAAUUUCUAAACCCUGAACUAGAAAGGACAUCACUGGUAGGAAUUGUCAAGGAUAUAAAGGAAUCUAUGCUUGAAGAAGUUGAUUUCAGGAAAGAGGCUACAAAUAUUGAGGCAUUUCAAAGGUACAUUGAAGCAAUGGGAUUUGACAGGCAGGCCAAAGCCCCUUUUGUAUACCGGCACUGUAGCACAACACGGGUCCUAACUAUGGAAAGAUUGUAUGGUGUUCCACUCACUGACCUUGAUUCUAUAAGGUCCCUUGUUCCUGAUCCUGAGCUGACUUUAGUCACUGCACUUAAUGUCUGGUUUGGAAGCUUGAUUUCAUGUGAAUCCUUCCAUGCAGAUGUGCAUGCAGGAAAUUUAUGGUUGCUACGUGAUGGCCGUGUCGGAUUUCUUGAUUUUGGAAUUGUCGGUCGUAUAUCUCCAAGGACUUGGGCUGCAAUGGAGGUCUUUUUGGCUUCAUUUGCAACUGAGGAUUAUGCUGCUAUGGCAUCAGCCCUUUCUGAAAUGGGUGCUACAGGGAAGGAUAUAAAUGUUAAUGAUUUUUCAAAGGACUUGGAAAAUAUAUUCUCAUCAAUACAGGAUUUGGAUACUGAAGUCAUAGUUGCUACAGCAAGAACUCCAGAUGCCACAGCUGUAUCGGCUAACGUUGUCGUUGACGAGAGACAGAUGAAUGCAUUAUUUCUUGAUCUGGUGAGGGUUAGCGAAUCGUAUGGGCUGAAAUUUCCUCGGGAGUUUGCUCUUCUCAUGAAGCAGCUUCUGUACUUCGAUCGCUACACAAGACUGUUAGCUCCCAGCAUGAACAUGCUGCGAGAUGAGAGGGUGAACAUCAGCUCACGUCAGCAGGCCAGAAGAGUGGAUCGUUUCCAGUGAUCUAUGUCGGGAGCUUGUGAUACACUGACAAGUAACAAGCUCUGCUCGUGUAACCUGCGACUGUAUAUAUUUUCACCAGAUCAACAUAGGAAUGAACCACACGAUACAGCAUCACGGAAAAUUUGUAUAACCGGACAUCUUCAUAGGCGCUUGUAAAAGGUGUACGUUAAGACCAAAGUAAAAUCCAGAGAAAAUUGAAGCUGGGCUGACUCCAAAUUAUCA